UUGAGUGAGGCGUUCUCGGAGCUGAACAGGCUCAAGGACAAGCUGGCAAUAUCUGAUGCGGUGAUAGAAAAGGCGGCAUACAUAUACAGAAAGGCGUUGGAGAAGGGCCUGGUCAGGGGAAGAUCCAGCUCCGCACUCAUGGCCUCGGCGCUGUACGUCGCAUGCAGGGACACGGCUACGCCAAGAAACCUCAAGGACGUGGAGCAGGCAGCCAACAUCAAGCGCAAGGAUAUCGCCAGGUGUUACAGGCUGCUGGUAAAGGAGCUGGGACUUGAUCCGUAA